AUGUUCGGCGCGUUCAGACCAACGCUCGUCGCUCAGGGCGGUCUUCUCUGGAAAUCGCCCUGGAAGCUCUCCGUGACGCGCAAAGCGAACGUUCGUGCCCGUCUGAAGAAGGUCGACGCCGUGAUCGAGGCCGUGCGCGCUAGUGGGGUGCAGUGUUCUGCUCUCACAAAAGCCCUCGAACUCCCAAAAGAGCACGAGAUGCCAGCAAGGGACAAGUACACGGUGUUCAACCCGCACAGUCGCGGGUACAGGAAGAGCGUGCAUAAGGUUCCGAAGUUCACUAGGAUCACACAACGCACGAAUCCUAAAGGUUUCUAG